UGUAUUAGAGACCAGUCAGGAAGAAAUUCACUACACGCCGCUUCACAGGAUGGUAAUGUCACCAUCAUCGAGACACUAAUGUCACGUGGUCUAGAUGUCGAUUCAAAAGAUAGUGGAGGAAGGACACCAUUGAUGUGGGCUGCAGCUUAUGGCAAGAUUGAAGCUGUAAAUUAUCUUUUAGACAGAGGAGCCGACCUCUGUAUUAGAAACUGGUUAGGAAUAAAUUCACUGCACGCCGCUUCACAGGGUGGUAAUGUCACCAUCAUCGAGACACUAAUGUCACUUGGUCUACAUGUCGAUUCAAAAGAUAGUAUAGGAAUUACCCCAUUGAUGUGGGCUGCAGCUUGUGGCAAGAUUGAAGCUGUAAAUUAUCUUUUAAACAAAGGAGCCGAUCCCCGUAUUGGAGACCAGUUAGGAAACAAUUCACUACACGUCGCUUCACAGGGUGGUAAUGUCACCAUCAUCGAGACACUAAUGUCACGUGGUCUACAUGUCGAUUCAAAAGAUAGUAUAGGAAUUACCCCAUUGAUGUGGGCUGCAGCUUGUGGCAAGAUUGAAGCUGUAAAUUAUCUUUUAAACAAAGGAGCCGAUCCCCGUAUUGGAGACCAGUUAGGAAACAAUUCACUACACGUCGCUUCACAGGGUGGUAAUGUCGCAAUCAUCGAGACACUAAUGUCACGUGGUCUAGAUGUCGAUUUAAAAGAUAGUGGAGGAAGGACGCCAUUGAUGGUGGCUGCAGCUUGUGGCAAGACUAAAGCUGUAAAUUAUCUUUUAGACAAUGGAGCCGGUCCCUUUAUUAGGAACCAGUUAGGAAGAAAUUCACUGCACACCGCUUCACAGGGUGGUAAUGUCACCAUCAUCGAGAAACUAAUGUCACGUGGUCUAAAUGUCGAUUCAAAAGAUAGUGGAGGUAGUACACCAUUGAUGGUGGCUGCAGCUUUUGGCAAGAUUGAAGCUGUAAAUUAUCUUUUAGACAAGGGAGCCGAUCCCUCUAUUAGAAACCAGUCAGGAGUAACUUCUCUGCACGCCGCUUCACAGGGUGGUAAUGUCACCAUCAUCGAGACACUAAUGUCACGUGGUCUAUGUGUCGAUUCAGAAGAUAGUGAAGGAAGUACACCGUUGAUGUUGGCUGCAGCUUAUGGCAAGAUUGAAGCUGUAAAUUAUCUUUUAGACAAGGGAGCCUAUCCCUCUAUUAGAAACCAGUCAGGAAGAAAUUCACUGCACGCCGCUUCAGAGGGUGGUAAUGUGGCCAUCAUCACAAAAAUUCUGUCACUUGGUUUGAAUAUUAAUUCAACAGAUUUUGUAGGUCGCACACCGUUAAAAAUCGCAAAAACAUAUGGCAAAACUGAGGCCGUAACCUUCCUACUUAGCGAGGGAGGACAUUAG